AACAAAAUAGAAAGUCAAGUAAACACUCGGGAACUGGCCAAAGCGAAACGUAUAUGCAGAAAUGUUUGUGUACACACAAAGGAAAAAAAUCAAAGCGCAUUAAAGAGUAACAACAAAUACAUUUGAGUGAUGAUUUUCACUUGAAAUACAGAACAAUAACAUCGGCAGUAGCAGCUAGUAAAGCAAAAAAAAGAUAAGCGCUCAAGCCAAGCCUCGGACAAAGCAGACCGCGGGCGCAAUAUAGGGGCAACUUCAACGAUGCUGGUGGUCAUGAAGAUGAUUUGAACUUAACCAUCCAGCCGAGUGUAAUCAUACAUCCACGAACAUUUAUCUACUUUCAAUAAUUCCAUCACACCGAGGAAAGAAACAAUAUCAGUGGUGCAAAAAUAAAACAUAAAAUUGGCCGCCUCGAAGCAAGCAACAGUAUCAAUUGCAGACCCACACAAAGCGGUCAUAAAUUGUCUGGGAACCAUUGGUCUUCAACAAAAUGCCCGAAAGAGCUGAUAGUGCCAGUCCACUGGUAGUGGGUGUCAAUAGUCCUGCUGCCUCAUAUCCAACAUGGAUCGGUUUCAUAUUCAUUUUUAAUCUGAUAGUGGGGACAGGUGCCCUUACACUUCCUGGAGUAUUCGCCAAGGCAGGCUGGCUGUUAUCACUGAUUGUCAUUGUACUGCUAUGUUUUAUAUCUUUCAUAACAGUGACUUUCAUCAUUGAGAGCAUGGCCGCUGCCAAUGCUGUUAAAACGUGGCAAAAUUUACAGGUUCUUAAACGUAGUUAUGAUUUUGAUUCCCGUGAAGAUCUUCGCCAGACUUCGGUGGCAACUGAAAAUGAGAUUGGAAGCGAAACGGACGAUCCCACUGCAGGUCUUCUAUCCCAUCAACAUCAAGUUGGUGUUACGGCACGUCUGGAACGUAUGCCAUUGUAUGCUCAACAUUCAACGCUUAUUUACUAUAAACUGGAUGAAAAAUUUGAAUUGGGAGAAAUGGCCUCAUUAUUUUUUAAUGACGUCGGUCGUGUCUUAUUCUAUUUGUGCAUCUCCGUUUAUUUGUAUGGAGAUUUGAGCAUUUAUUCAGCCGCUGUUGCCAAGAGUUUGCGUGAUCUGUUUUGUGAUCAUCCAAAUGCCACCACAACAAUGGAUUUUGACCUGGACUCCUCUUGGAAUUUGUCAACGGCUAACAAUGAAACCGAAGAAGAUGCCAUUAAACAAUGCUGGCAAAAUCAUACACUUACACGCUUGAAUGUGUAUCGUUUAUUUCUGGUUGGUUUCAUAUGCAUUUUUGGACCCUUUGCGGCGUUUAGUGUACAAAAAACAAAAUAUCUGCAAAUAAUAACAGUCAUUUUCAGAUGGUGUGCUUUCAUUUUUAUGAUAUCCAUAGCCUUGAAGCUGCUCAUUACCGAUGGUGCCAAAGGUCAUCCGGUGUCUAUGAAUAUCUACGGCAUACCAGCUCUGUUUGGAGCUUGUGUAUAUUCCUUUAUGUGUCAUCAUUCGUUGCCAAGUCUUUUGGCUCCCAUACGUGAUAAGCAGUCGGUGGGCCGUAUUUUAUGUGCAGACUAUCUGGUGAUAUGUUUGUUCUAUCUCUUGUUGGCCAUGACGGGUAUUUUUGCUUUCGAACGCUUGGAAGACUUGUACACAUUGAAUUUCAUACCCGACCAAACGGCAGAUCAUAGUUUUGCAGCUGAGCUCUUGGUUGGCAUAGAUUAUUUCCUGGCCUUGUUCCCGGUGUUUACAUUAUCGGCCAGUUUUCCCAUCAUUGCCAUAACCUUAAGAAAUAACCUACAAACAUUGUGUUUGGAUAUGACCCGCUUCGAGUCUUACAAUUUUUUUGUGCGACGCAUUUUAUUCCCUUUGCUCGCUGUGGUGCCACCUUUCUGCAUCACCUAUUUCACCGAAAGUUUAACCAGUUUGGUGGCCUUUACCGGAAGUUAUGCUGGAGCUGCUAUACAAUAUAUAAUACCCAUAGCCUUGGUGUACUAUGCCCGCAACACAUGUCGCGAAUUGUUGGGCAGCGGUGUGGUCAACGAUUUCCAAAGUCCUUUCCGCGGCUCCCAUUGGCUAGUGAUUAUAUUACUCUGGUCCUUGGGUUGCAUAAGUUUGGUCACUUUAAAUUUCUUCCUGGAUGCCAAUUCGUAAUGAAAAUCGAACGAAAAAUAAUUUAAACUUUUAUUUGGAAGCAACAUUUAGCUCUCUCUUUUUAGAGUAUUACAAAAAUAAACCCAAAACGUCUUCCCUUUAUGAAGGCUCAUCCAAAAUAUUUAUGGCCAAAAUGUUCAAUGUCCAUGUGCUCAAUAUCUAUUUUUUUAUAAACAAAAAGUUUCACACAUAUACCCUCCAAAGAUUGAAAAGCUAAACACAAGAAAACUUCCUAACCAAAAAAUUUGAAAAAAAAAAACAGUAAAUUUUACUAAAUCAACACAAUGUUGGAAAAUAUAUUUUUUUAUUAGCUCCUAAGAAAAUGUUAUGUAUUAUAAUGU